UAAUUUUUCGAUUUGGCAACAUAGCUGCCAAUUUCAUGUAGCAGAUUUGAGGGUCUAUUCUUUAUGUGUACCCAGAAAAAUAUAUGAAUAUUCACAACAGAAGAGUUAAGAUCGAAUUAGAAGAAAUGGGACGAGAUGAUGAUAGGAUAUCAUUUGACUACGAUGACCAGUGACGUGCAGUAUACUGACAAUAUAAAUACUGAAGAUAUAAAAACUGAAGAUAUGAAAACUGAAGACAUAAAGACUGAAGACGUUAAGGCUGAAAACAUAGAUGUUGUUGACCAGUUAAUUGAUGAGAAUGGAAUAAGACCGUCCAAUGGAUAUGAAUCAGAAAUUGAAGCCUUGAGCAGUGAACAUAACUCAUCUAAUAAAUAUCAAAUUAGGAAUUAUAUGGAUGCUGCUCCUUCGAAUAAACAAGAACAAGAAUGUCUAGUAUGCGAUUAUACAAAAAAUAACAAGACAAAUUUAAAACGGCAUUUUGAUGAGGUUCAUUUGAAUGAACGAGAACAUAAAUGUGAGUUUUGUGAGUUUGCAGCUAACCAGAAGGGAAGCCUUGAAAAUCAUAUAAAGGCUGUUCAUUUGGAUGACCGAGAACAUAAAUGUCACCUGUGCAACUAUGCUUCAGCUUAUAAACGGAGCAUCAAAAGGCAUAUAGAUGCAGUUCAUUUCAAAAAACGAGAACAUAAAUGUGAGUUUUGUGAGUUUGCAGCUUACCAGAAGGGAAGCCUUGAAAAUCAUAUAAAGGCUGUUCAUUUGGAUAAACGAGAACAUAUAUGUCACCUAUGCAACUUUACUUCAGCUCAUAAAAAGAACAUCAAACAGCAUAUAGAUGCAGUUCAUUUGAAAAAACGAGAACAUGAAUGUGAGUUUUGUGAGUAUGCAGCUAACAAGAAGAAAAAUCUUGAAAUUCAUAUGAAGGCUGUUCAUUUGGAUAAACGAGAACAUAGAUGUCACAUGUGCAACUUUGCUUCAGCUUAUAAACAGAGCAUCAAAAAGCAUAUAGAUGCAGUUCAUUUGAAUAAACAAGAAUAUAAAUGUGAGUUUUGUGAGUUUGCAGCUAACCAGAAGGGAAGCCUUGAAAAUCAUAUAAAGGCUGUUCAUUUGGAUAAACGAGAACAUGUAUGUCACCUAUGCAACUUUACUUCAGCUCAUAAAAAGAACAUCAAACAGCAUAUACUUGCAGUUCAUUUGAAAAAACGAGAACAUAAAUGUGAGUUUUGUGAGUAUGCAGCUAACCAGAAGGUAAAUCUUAAAAAUCAUAUGAAGGCUGUUCAUUUGAAAAAACGAGAACAUAGAUGUCACCUAUGCAACUUUACUUCAGCUCAUAAAAAGAACAUCAAACAGCAUAUAGAUGCAGUUCAUUUGAAAAAACGAGAACAUAAAUGUGAAUUUUGUGAGUAUGCAGCUAACCAGAAAAAAAAUCUUGAAAAUCAUAUGAAGGCUGUUCAUUUGGAUAAACAAGAACAUAGAUGUCACAUAUGUAACUUUACUUCAGCUCAUAAAAUGAACAUCAAAAGGCAUAUAGAUGCAGUUCAUUUGAAUAAACGAGAAUAUAAAUGUGAGUUUUGUGACUUUGCAGCUAACCAGAAGGGAAGCCUUGAAAAUCAUAUAAAAGCUGUUCAUUUGGAUAAACAAGAACAUAGAUGUCACAUAUGCAACUUUACUUCAGCUCAUAAAAUGAACAUCAAAAGGCAUAUAGAUGCAGUUCAUUUGAAUAAACGAGAAUAUAAAUGUGAGUUUUGUGACUUUGCAGCUAACCAGAAGGGAAGCCUUGAAAAUCAUAUAAAAGCUGUUCAUUUGGAUAAACAAGAACAUAGAUGUCACAUAUGCAACUUUACUUCAGCUCAUAAAAAGAACAUCAAAAGGCAUAUAGAUGCAGUUCAUUUGAAUAAACGAGAAUAUAAAUGUGAGUUUUGUGACUUUGCAGCUAACCAGAAGGGAAACCUUGAAAAUCAUAUAAAGGCUGUUCAUUUGGAUAAACGAAAACAUAGAUGUCACAUAAGCAACUUUACUUCAGCUCAUGGAAAAAACAUGAAAGAAGAGAUGCAGUUCAUUUGAAGAAUGCAAUUGAAAGGGAAGAGUCGAUAAAGAUAUGAAUGUUAUUCGCUUCAAUAAACGAGAAAAUAUGUGUUAACAUUUUCAACUACUCAUACUCAUAAUCAUACUCAUACUUGCUUACGAGUAUGCUUCAGUUAAAAAAGAAACCUAAAAAAGCAUAUAAAAGCACUAUUCAUUCGAAUGUAAAAAAACUUGAAUAUCACCUAUACAAGUUCACUGUAGUUGGUAACAAAAUUGUCAUGUGGAAAAUGAGGAACUACCUCCAGUACCUGAUGAUAUUGACGAUUCAGAAUUGAAUAAUUUGAUCGUGACGAAAAAUGUACCUGAUGUACCUCUUAACAAUCCGAGUGUGAAUAUCAACGCUAGCAGAACAGAAUUAAUUAAUAGUUAUUUUAUCAAAUUAAUUCAUAAUUCAUAUUCUUAAAUGAACCUAUUUUAAAUAUUGAUUUUUAUUUUAAUUAAGUUGUGAACAACAAUUUCUUCAUAAUUAAUUCAUAAGCAGUAAUGUUCUUAAAUAAACGAUCUAUUUUAAA